UAUCAGCUUAGCUGUGCUUGGAAACUUUCUGAUAUAAGUACACAUAUUCUGACAGUUCGUCUUCAUAUUCAGUAUUGGGAUCUCAGUGAAACUUGUAAGACCAUACUUUUCUGGUUUUUGCCCUUGGGCUAGGCUCACAUCUGGUACCUCUCUUAGCGGACACCUCUGUGAGCAGGACACCAUAACAAAAUGGCUGUAGUAGUGGACCGUCUCCAGGAAUAUUUCGAUCAGAUCCGAGCCGACUUGGACAGGACUGUAGACUUCUGGAUGAAACAUUCGCAUGACAAGGAACAUGGCGGCUUCCUAAACUGCAUUGGGAAGACGGGCGAGCUUUAUGAUGAGACCAAGUACUGCUGGCUUCAAGGACGUCAAGUUUGGACAUACGCCAGGCUGUAUAAUGAUAUCAAGAGGUUUAGGAAACCAGAGAUAUUAGAAGAAGCAGUUCAAGGCGGGAAAUUUCUGAUGUCAAAAGUACGAGAUCCCUCAACCUACCGUUGCUAUUUCUCCCUAACUCGAGAUGGCAAACCAAUCAAGAUUCAACGGACAAUAUUUACUGAGUGUUUCUACUUGAUGGCCAUGUCUGAGUUGGCUAUAGCCACAAAGGAUGACACAUACUUAAAUGAAGCUAUAAAGAUGAGAGACAAACUAUUCUUCUGGACAGACGUUGAUGACACCGAUAUUGUAGGCAGUCGACUACCUGGGGACGUCCCGGCCAAUACGAUGGGGGUUCACUUCAUGUUGCUAGCAGUCAUCAGCCAACUCAUGAGGCACAAGAAAGAGGAAGAUUUGGAAUUCUACCAAGAAAAAGCCAUUCACUGUGUUGGCAAGUUACAGCUACAUAUUCAGAGAAAUGGCGCUGUUAUCCUUGAGAACGUCUCCCAAGAUGGAGACGAGUUGCCCGGCUGUCAAGGACGACUCAUGAUUCCAGGUCAUGCAAUAGAAGCAGGUUGGUUCCUCUUAGAAUACACAGACAACUUUCCAAACGACAGUGAUGAAAACUUAGUGAAAACAGCCCUACAAAAUUUCAUUCUAAAUCCCUUCAAAACUGGCUGGGAUAAGGAACACGGUGGUCUCUUCUACAUGUUGGAUGCAGACGGGUUGUCCCCUACGAUCCUUGAAUGGAAUAUGAAGCUCUGGUGGCCUCACAACGAAGCCAUGAUCGCAUUCCUUAUGGCGUAUAUGAAGACCAAGGACCAGUUGUAUUUGGAGAAGUUUGCCCAGGUGUUUGACUACACAUAUACACAUUUUGUAGAUGAAGAACAUGGUGAAUGGUUUGGUUAUCUUAAUCAACAAGGAGACAUCAGCAUGGAUUUCAAGGGAGGACCUUUCAAAGGAUGUUUCCAUGUCCCAAGAUGCCUCAUGAUCUGUGAACAGCUGCUUCAACAGAUCACUGUCAACAAACAGUAAAACUGGGGCAGACGUCGUCAUUCAACACAAGCAGACAACAGGCCUUGUUUAUCACAAUCA